UUCAGGAGGAUUCCGAGACAGCGACAAUUUCAAAGUCAGAAAGAAGUGAAGCAUUCGAAGACACCAUGGCCAUCCAUUUAUAUUGCUGGUUGUUGCUCAUUUAUCCAGGCCACUCAAUUCAGUAUCCUUUUCACUUCCAUGUGGCCUUACCUCAUCAAGCUAAAUCCUCAUGCUGUGGAGACGCAAUACGGAUUUAUUGUAGCUAUGUAUAGCUUUGGUCAAUGCAUAUCGGCACCGACAUUUGGCUACUGGAGUAAUCGAAUCGAACAGGUGCGAAUACCUCUUCUAGCGGGUUUUGUCUUUAUGAUGAUUGGCAACUCCACCUACCUUUCGCUGCAAUUUUUCGCCCCAUCCAGUGUUGUAGCAGUGAUGAUGGUAGCCCGAUUCACUACUGGAUCAGGAACAGGAAAUAUGGCACUUCUCAGAGCGUAUGCAUCAACAUCAUCGUUAAAGUCUGAUCGCUCACGUGCUAUAGCUUGUGUGACUACGUUUCAAUUGCUUUUCACACCGCUUGGACCCGAUGGGAUUGAAAUUUUGCCAUUCUAUCGGCUCAGCAUCUAUAAUGCUCCAGCUCUACUUGCGCUGCUAUUUAACAUACUGGGAUUCCUCCUGGUUUUAUGUGUCUUUGAAGAGAAGUACGACGUAUUGAAUUCGGAGGCUGCUAAGGCAACAGAAGGGCUCCCAUCUCCCUGUUUGAUUGCAGUGUCUGUGUGUGUAUUCACGAGACAUGUUCAAAUAUUCUCUACAACGACCAUUGAAACG